AUGCAGUCAUUUGUGGAUUGUUACGCAGGUUACCACCAGAUUUUGAUGGAUGAGGAAGAUGCAGAAAAGACAGCUUUUACUACACCUUGUGGUGUAUAUCAUUACAGAGUGAUGCCAUUUGGCCUUAAGAAUGUUGGUGCUACCUAUAUGAGGGCUAUGACGACCAUAUUUCAUGACAUGAUUCAUAAGGAGAUUGAAGUGUAUGUGGAUGACGUCAUAAUCAAGUCCUGCGAGAGUUCGGACCACUUGACACAUCUAAGGAAAUUCUUUGAUCGUUUGCGUCGUUACAACUUGAAGUUAAAUCCCGUCAAAUGCGCUUUUGGAGUUCCAGUCGAAAAGUUGUUGGGAUUUAUAAUCAGCAGAAGGGAUAGUGCAUUCGGAUGCGUACUUGGUCAACAUGACGAGACAGGAAAGAAAGAAAGGGCUAUCUAUUAUAUAAGCAAGAAGUUUACUCCAUAUGAGUCUCGUUACACUUUGUUGGAGAGAAUGUGUUGCGCUUUGACGUGGCUUGCCCAGAAGCUGAGACAUUAUUUGUCUUCCUAUACUAUAUACCUCAUUUCUAGAGUGGAUCCGCUGAAGUAUAUCUUCCAGAAGGUGAUGCCGACCGGAAAAUUAGCUAAGUGGCAAAUGUUGUUGAGUGGAUUUGACAUUGUGUAUGUGACUCAGAAGGCGAUAAAAGCACAAUCUUUGGUUGAUCAUCUCGCAGAAAAUCCCGUUGAUGAAGAAGAUUCAGAUCUUUUGAUUCAUCAUGUUCAAGGAGAAUGGGUUGUGAAGAACCCAAAAAUUAUACCUUACGUACAGUAUGUGCAGAAGUUGUGCAAAAGAUUUCGUAAGAUCGAGUUCAGACAUACUCCCAGAAUACAGAAUGAAUUUGCCGAUGCUCUUGCCACCAUCGCUUCGAUGAUGAAACAUCCGGAUACUUAUUAUAUUGAUCCUCUGGAUAUAGAUGUGAAAGAACAUCUAGUCCAUUGUUCACAUGUUGAAGUAGAACCAGACGGUUUGCCUUGGUAUUUUGAUAUAAAGAAGUAUUUGGAGUCUGGAACUUAUCCUGAAGAUGCUACGUCCAACCAAAAGAAGUUGAUACGCCGUAUGGCUCUCAAUUUCUUUCUAAUUGGAGAAGUCCUUUAUAGGAGAACUCUAGAUUUGGGUUUUCUAAGAUGUGUUGAUGCUAUUGAAGCUGCGAAGCUUAUUGAACAGAUACAUGCUGGAGUUUGUGGUAUGAAUAUGAAUGAGCUCACUUUGGUGCACGCUGAUUUGAUCCGAGUGCCACCUCACGAACUUUAUGCUAUGAGUUCACCUUGGCCAUUUGUAGCUUGGGGUAUGGAUGUCAUCGGUUCGAUAGAGCCAGCCACUUCUAAUGGACACGGAUUUAUUUUGGUUGCCAUUGGUUAUUUCACCAAUCACUUGAUGAGAUAUAUAUGUGAGCAAUUCAAGAUUACCCACCGAAACUCAACUGCUUAUCACCCCCAAAUGAACAGAGCUGUAGAGGCCGCCAAUAGGAAUAUCAAGAACGUUUUGAGGAAAAUGAUUGACAAGCAUCGAAGUUGGCAUGAGAUGUCACCAUAUGCUUUAUUGGGGUACCGCACGACUGUCAGAACGUCGAUUGGAGCAGCUCCAUACUUGCUAAUGUAUGGAACAGAAGCAGUCAUACCUGCUGAAGUUGAAAUACCGUCAUUGAGAAUCAUCCAAGAAGCUGAGUUGAGUAAUGUUGAACGGGUGAGCAAGAGAAUUGAUCAGUUGACAUUGAUCAAUGAGAAGAGGAUGAUUGCCAUUUGUCAUGAUGAGUACAAAGGAAAAUUCGCACCAAACUGGCAAGGACCUUACAUGGUUCGUAAAGUAUUAUCCGGAGGUGCUUUGGUCCUGUCGGAGAUGGAUGGAACCACAUGGCCGAAACCAAUCAACUCAGACGCUGUCAAGAGAUACUACGUGUGA